AUGCCAAAGCGAUCGGCUGGCUGCUUCGAGUGCAGGAAAAGAAAGGUUCGAUGCGACGAGACCAAACCAGAGUGCAAUACCUGCGUGAGGCGCGGAACAAAAUGCCCUGGCUAUCGGCCAGCACAGGCUUUUAUUCUCCACAACUUCGAUGCACACGGAGAAAAGCCAUCCCUGAUCAAGGAGGAUGAGAAUCGCUAUAAGUACGCCAGUCAAGCUUCGUCAAGCUCACAAAACGACACAACUUUCUCAAGCAAGGCCAUCGUACGCAGAGAAGAUGCGCAAACGGAGCCUGAGGAUGCGCCUCUGCCCAAGCAGCUGAGUAUCGGUUACCACAUGCGGAAGGCCUCAAUGCUAGACAGUACGGAAUGGUUAGCAGUGACUGCCAAAGCGGCAAAAGUGGAUCCGUACGUGGCUCUGAACGACAUCUGCAUACACAUCCCACGACUCCUGGAGCGCACGGACAAGGCCACCAGACCAGAAUGUCCAAAGGAGGAGAUUGAUUCUCUCAUUGAGGAUUCGCAACAAGUCGCUAGCCGUGCUUUUGAGUGGCUCUCAACCUUUGAAAGACACGGUCCGCGAUACGACACGGUAGACGUUGCCUUCAUGGAUGGCUUCCUGGAUAUUUGCGCAGACCGCGUAUUCGAUCCCGUCUUCUACUUCCACUACUUUGGGGCCGGCAUUUGCUACCUUAUCUACUGGAUGAGCAUGUUGAUCUUGCAAGGCAACACAUUCAAGUUGCUCCGGCAGCAUCGACAACUCGAUAUGAAGCAAUUGUACAUGUGGGACCGCCAGCUCAGCAGCUAUGCAGAUUCGAUAUGUCGAAGCGUGCCGUACAAUUGUCGGCCCGUCACUGGUUACACUGCAAAAUUCGGAUCGUUGACACCGCUUAUGGUUGCGAGAAAAUACUACGAGAUGAAGGGAGCACAGACCGAAGCAGGAUGGUGCGCAAAAGUUUACAUGGGCGCGAGAGUACCGGAGCUCUAUCAAGCGCCCAUCGCAUUAGAACCUUUCGAGAAUGUCAAGAAGACCGUGCAGGGCAACCCGCGGUAUAUCUGA